GCGAGUGUGGCGGUGUUGCGCUGUCAGUCAAAGUGAAAGUGCGCUGCUGUGACACUAUAUAAACACUGAGUCUCACUUCACACAAACACCCGAGACUUCACCUCUGAACAUUUAACAUCUCUACAUCUGACAGCAAACCGCUUUUAAUAAAAUGGGCAUCUUCAUCUCUACUGUUUUAUCUCGACUUUCUAAGAAAAAGCACAUGAGGUUGCUGAUGGUUGGUCUGGAUGCAGCAGGAAAGACCACAAUCCUCUACAAACUCAAACUUGGUGAAGUAGUCUCAACCGUUCCAACUAUUGGUUUUAAUGUGGAUACAGUUGAGUAUAAGAACAUCUCUUUCACUGUUUGGGAUGUUGGUGGUCAGACCAAAAUUCGAAGCCUCUGGAGACAUUACUACCAAAACACAGAGGGUUUGAUCUUUGUGGUGGACAGCAGUGAUCAUGAGAGGAUUCAGGAAGCAGCAGAAGAACUCAUGAUGAUGCUCCACGAGGAUGAGAUGAGAGAUGUUGUUGUGCUCGUACUCGCUAACAAGCAGGAUUUACCCAAAGCGUUGCCAGUUCACCAGCUGACAGAUAGAUUGGGUUUACAUUCACUCAAUAACAAACAGUGGUUCGUUCAGCCAACAUGUGCUGUUCAAGGAUCAGGUUUAUAUGAAGGACUGGAUUGGCUCUCUGAUCAACUCUCCAAACGAUAACAAUGUGAAACUUUGAAGGCAAUGCACUAAAUAUCUUAUUUAAAACAAAUGUAUAUAUUAUAAAUGUCUACUGUACAUUAAAUUUCACUACUGUAUAAAGUAUAUUGUUAAUUUACAUAUUUAUGUUAUGGUUGGCUUGUAUUUUUUAUGUACUUUGAAAGAAAGAGCCAGAAUAUUUUCUAAUACAAAUACAUCUCUAAUAAAAGACAUUACAAACCAUA